AUGCACAGGGGGAAAAAUGCAAGGGGUAGGAGAAUUCCAGCUGGAGAAAAGGGACAGAGAAGUAGGCCAAAUGCAGCAGCUCCAUUGGAACCUGGUGAAAAUUGUGGUAAACCAUCCAGUGGGGGAAGGCUUUCCAAAAGUCUUCAACAAAAGUUCAUAGGAGGGAGGCUAGUAGUCGCAGCAAAUAUUGCCCGUCCAGUAACAUUUUCUGGUUACAUAUCAGAUAUGUUAUGUGCAACACAUGCUUCUACGGGAAAAGUCAUGAUCAACUUGGAAAUGGGAACUUACCGAAAAAAAAAAAAACUUGGAAAUGGGAUCUUGUCAUCCUCUAAUCUUGGUUUACGACCAACAAGAGGAGUGCUUCUUCAUGGUCCACCUGGCACUGGGAAAACUUCCUUGGCUCAACUUUGUGCCCAUGAUGCUGGUGUCAACCUUUUCACCAUAAAUGGACCUGAGAAAGCAAGUCAAAAUUAUGGUGAAAGUGAGAUAGCAAUGCAUGGAGUUUUUGAAUCAGCUAGCAAAGCUGCUCCUGCCAUGGUGUUCAUUGACGAGUUGGAUGCCAUUGCACCUGCACGAAAAGAUGAAGGUGAAGAGCUCUCUCAAAGGAUGGUUGCCACAUUGUUGAAUUUGAUAGAUGAGAUUAGUAGAACUGAUGGAUUAGUUGUAAUUGCCGCUACCAACAGGCCUAAUAGUAUUGAGCCUGCCGUUAGGCGACCUGGAAGGCUUGACAGAGAAAUUGAAUUGGAUUUUGCUUGA